GGGCAGGGGGAGGUGCGAGAGGGUUCGAAGGGACAGGCCCGGGCAGUGAUCGGGGAGGUUGGCACCAGUUCGUUCACCCUUCGAGAGGCAGGGCAGGGCGCGUUUGUCCACAGCCCUCACUGACCGCGCUAGCAGAGUCUUCUGCGCUCCCUCACCCGAAGCUCAGCAGCCAGCGUCCUGGUGUCUGACCUCGCCAUGCCUAGCCUUUGGGAUCGUUUCUCCUCGUCCUCGUCCUCCUCCUCCUCCUCCUCUUCGUCCUCGUCCGGAACUCCUGCCGCUGAUCGGCCGCCGCGCUCCGCCUGGGGGUCUGCGGCCCGAGAAGAGGGCCUUGACCGCUGCGCGAGCCUGGAGAGCUCGGACUGUGAGUCCCUGGACAGCAGCAGCAACAGUGGCUUCGGGCCGGAGGAAGACUCCUCAUACCUGGAUGGGGUGUCUCUGCCCGACUUUGAGCUCCUCAGCGACCCCGAGGAUGAGCAUCUGUGUGCCAACCUGAUGCAGCUGCUGCAGGAGAGCCUGUCCCAGGCGCGAUUGGGCUCGCGGCGCCCUGCACGCCUGCUGAUGCCAGGCCAGCUGGUGAGCCAGGUGGGCAAGGAACUCCUGCGCCUGGCUUACAGCGAGCCGUGCGGCCUGCGGGGGGCACUGCUGGACGUCUGUGUGGAGCAAGGCAAGAGCUGCCACAGCGUGGCUCAGCUGGCCCUCGACCCCAGCCUAGUGCCCACCUUCCAGUUGACCCUGGUGCUGCGCCUGGACUCUCGCCUCUGGCCCAAGAUUCAGGGGCUGUUGAGUUCUGCCAACUCUUCCUUGGUCCCUGGCUACAGCCAGUCGCUGACGCUCAGCACCGGCUUCAGAGUCAUCAAGAAGAAGCUUUACAGCUCCGAGCAGCUGCUCAUUGAAGAGUGUUGAGCUUCGUCCUGGGGGGCCCGCACUGCCCCCAUAGCGGAGACAGGAAACUUGUGGUGAGGACUUCAGGCAAGGACUGAUGCCCGCGUUAGAAAACGGAGAAGAGCCACCUGAUGAGGGGCGCGGGGCCAAGGUGGGAGAAGGAAGUGUGAAGGAAGGUCGCUAGGUUGUGUGCAGGUGGCUCCUUGUUGUUGGGGCACAUGCCCCUUAGUACUGUAGCAUGAAACAAAGGCUUAGGGGCCGCACAGGCGUCUGGCUGGAUGUGUAUGUAGCAUGUACCUUUUUUUUUUUUAAUUGUUAUUAUUAUUACUGACAGUUACAACAACAGUAGUAAGACAGAGCCGGGAGGGCAGCUGGUCUGCACUGGCCUCUGCCGGGGGUGUGUGCUGAGGGAGGGGGGGAGGUCUCGGAGAUACGGAGGAGAUAGUUCGCGUAUCUCACCGGUCUGUUCAGAUCGAGUGUUUGUCGUUGGUUUUUUAUCUUUUGUUGGGGGGGGGGGGAGGGGAGCUUCACUACUGACCUGUUGGAGGCAGCUAUCUUACAGACGCAUGAAUGUAAGAGUAGGAAAGGGUGGGUGUUAGGAUCAUCCGGGAUCUUUGACACUUGAAAAAAUAACACCCGGGAGCUUCUUCGUCCAGCCUGUCCCCUGCCACGGACUGGAGGAUGGAACUGUGAGGGGAUGGGGGGGGGGGGUGGGGGCUGGAACCCCUCCCCCAGAGGAAUGCCGCCUGGGUCUUCCAUCUAGAACUGUUUACAUGAAGAUACUCACGGUUCAUGAAUACACUUGAUGUUCAAGUAUUAAGACCUAUGCAAUAUUUUUACUUUUCUAAUAAACAUGUUUGUUAAAACACUUGA